AUGUCGAAAAAAAAUAAUUCGGGUAGAUUAACAGUGAAACCUGAUUUUAAUUUCGAUCUCAAUACGGAGUUAUCUGAUGUAUUAAAGAACGAUCAAGAAAUACGUAGUGCAUUGCAAGAUUUGAUCCAAAAUCUCUCAAAAGAUGUUGUGAAAAAGAACGAUGGUCAGCAGACAACCAUUAAUCUUGAUAAUAUUGAUUCAAAGUUGCUCGUCAAUAUUCUCCAAUCGGUUCUCAAUGCUCGUCUGGAAAAACGUUUGUGUGAUAUUGAGGAAAGAUUAAAACAAGUCGAACGCGAUAUAGCUGAUGCUGGGAAACGUAUUCAUUUAAAUUCCGUUAAUAGUAUCGAUGCGAUUUCCCAUCAGACACAGAUUCAGAAUCCAGCUCAAAUUGAUUCAACGAGCUCACAACUUGGGUAA